AUGCCUGGGUUUGAAAAGGAAGAGAUGAAGAAGCUUCAACUUGUCCAGAAGAGAGAUGAGACUUCAAAAAGUUCUACUAAUUCAUCAGUCACCAUUAGGAAUGUAAGAUAUGCAGAGUGCCAGAAGAAUCACGCUGCAGGCGUAGGAGGGUACGCAGUUGAUGGAUGUCGGGAAUUCAUGGCAAACGGGGAGGAGGGGACGACUGGUGCACUCACUUGCGCUGCCUGUGGCUGCCACCGGAACUUCCAUAGGAGGGAGGUGCAAACUGAGGUGGUGUGUGAGAGCUCUUCGCCUUCUUCAAAUGGAGCAUAG